AUGACCCCAAGCAAUACAGCCAAUGCCAGUAAGAACUAUCUUCAGUGUAAAGAAGAACAAAGAGUCCUGGAAGUGAUGAUAUGGCCGCCACAGCGCCCUGAUCUCAACAUCAUCAAGGCUGUCUGGGUUUACACGAAGAGACAAAAGGAUUCCAGCAAGCCUACAUCCACAGAAGAUCUGUGGAGAAAUGAAUUUGCCAUGCUUCACCCUCCUUGGAUAUUUCAUGUUAUUGAGAGAAAAGGUUUCUUCACAGCAUGUGACUGCUCCGAUAUCUGGGAGAGAAACAAAGGCUCACCCAGCGGAAUCUACACCGUGAAACCAGAUGGAGCUGACCUCUCAUUUCAGGUGUACUGUGAAAUAACAGCCAAAGGAGGUUGGACUCUGGUACAGAAACACAAUGGGGAGGACGGGUUAUCCUUCGAGAAACUGUGGGAGGAUUAUGAAAAUGGAUUUGGAAAUCUUAGCGGUGAGCACUGGCUGGGACUCCGACACCUUCAUCGGCUGACACACCAGGCGCACAGACCCUGCGCACUGCGGAUCCGCCUUGGGGACUUUGCGGGCAGAGAAGCUUACGCCCAGUACAGUCCCUUCAGUGUUGGGGAAGGCUAUUACCAGCUCUCUGCAGGAAACUACUCCGGCACAGCAGGAGAUGCCUUCCGAGGGAACAUUGGAAUUAGUAGGACCAAUCAGCAUGGCAGCUUCUUCAGCACUCUGGACCAUCCCGCUGACAACUGUUAUCCGGUGUGUCCUGUCAGUGGCAUCUUAUUCCCAAGCUGCAGCUACAUUCUUCGUGCCGGCUGGUGGUUUAACGCCUGUGGAUCAGCCAAUCUGAACGGCAUGUGGCGCGGCCCUCCAAAGAACAGGUUCUGGCCCUCUUCGGUGACUUGGCCAACAUGGAGGCCCUACGAGUCCCUCAAGUUCAGCGAAAUGUAUCUGAUUCACAAUUAGUGGCCAA